UUAAUGAGGUCGUCGCCGUCAUCGUUCGGAAGCAGCUCAAGGAGAUCAAACUACAGCCGUAAAUUCGACUUACCCGAUGACUUCUGCGGCGCCGGAGCCGGAGCUGGAGCAAUGCUGCCCAUCUUCCUCGACGACUUGAGACGCCGCAAUGACGACCAGGCCGAUUUGGUUGAAGUCACAUUACAGCUCGACGAUGACUCUAUUUUCGUCUGCAGCGUCACUCCCACGAAUUCGAAUCCUAUUAUUCCGCCCGCCGGCGGAGGCUUGAUAGCUAGGAGUCUCUCGUCUUCGUUCAGAAUUCGGAGGAAAUUAUCGUGGCUGAGGUCACUGUCGUGGCGUGAAUAUCCGUCCGACGCCGACGAGCUCCCGCCGGUACUGGUGUCCGCCCGUGACGCUCGAAGAAUAAAAGCGAGACUCAAUCGGACGAGUUCAAGCGCUCAGAGAGCUCUCAAAGGACUCAGGUUCAUCAGCAAGACGACGACGGAGAAGUCGGACGAGAUUUGGAGGAAGGUGGAGUCGCGGUUCCAGUCGUUGGCCAAGAACGGGUUGCUCUGUAAAGAGGACUUUGGUGAAUGCAUAGGGAUGGUUGAGUCCAAGGAGUUUGCUAUGGGGAUAUUCGACGCACUAGCUAGACGAAGGCGUCAGAAGAUUGGGAAGAUAACAAAAGAAGAGCUUUAUGAAUUCUGGUUGCAAAUUACGGACCAGAGCUUCGACGCUCGUCUUCAGAUUUUCUUCGACAUGGUGGAUCUCAAUGCAGAUGGAAGAAUCACAAGGGAGGAAAUCCAGGAGCUUCUAAUCCUCAGUGCUUCGGCUAAUAAGUUGUCAAAAUUAAAGGAAAGAGCAGAAGAGUACGCUACAUUAAUUAUGGAAGAGCUGGACCCAGAAAAUCUUGGCUACAUUGAGAUAUGGCAGUUGGAAACGCUUCUGCUACAAAGAGACAACUACGUAAACUAUAGCAGACCACUCAGCACAGCAAGUUUUGGGUGGAGUCCGGACUUAAAUACAUUCAGGCCCUAUAACUUGGUUCUCAGAAUAAGCUGCACGCUCAAGUGUCUGUUACUAGAGAACUGGCAAAGGGGUUGGAUCUUACUGCUCUGGAUCUUGGCAAUGGCUGGGCUCUUUGCCUGGAAAUUCUAUCAAUACAGGCAAAGGGCUGCAUUUCAAGUAAUGGGUUAUUGCUUAACAACAGCCAAAGGAGCCGCCGAGACUCUAAAGCUGAACAUGGCUCUCAUCCUUCUACCAGUUUGCCGAAAUACGCUCACAUGGCUCCGCUCUACGAGAGCCAGGCAUUUUAUCCCUCUUGAUGACAAUAUAAUUUUUCACAAGAUAAUUGCAUUUGCUAUAGUAACUGGAGUCCUACUUCACGCCGGGAAUCACUUGAUAUGUGAUUUUCCCCAUACGGUUAACUCAUCACCAGAACUGUUUGCCUCCAUAGCCUCUGAUUUCAAUAACAUACGGCCGACGUACAAAGACCUAUUGACCAGUAUUAUUGGUGUGACUGGGAUUUCUAUGGUUAUCCUAAUGGCUAUUGCAUUCACACUAGCAACAAGACAAUUCAGGAAAAGUAUAGUCAAGCUGCCAGCUCCAUUCAACCGAUUGACAGGCUUCAAUGCAUUCUGGUAUUCUCACCACCUUCUCGGUCUGGUCUACGCAUUGCUACUAAUCCAUGGAAACUUCUUGUUCUUGGUCCACAGAUGGUAUCAGAAAACGACAUGGAUGUACAUAUCUGUUCCUCUUUUCCUCUAUUUAGCAGAACGGAGCCUGAGAACUUGUCGAUCAGAACAUAACUCUGUUAAGAUAUUGAAGGUUCCAGUACUACCGGGAGAUGUCUUUGAACUAGUCAUCUCCAAACCCAAGGGAUUCAAAUACAAAAGUGGGCAGUAUGUAUUCCUCCAAUGCCCCACAAUCUCCCCAUUCGAAUGGCAUCCAUUUUCAAUAACUUCCGCACCAGGAGACAACUACCUAAGUGUUCACAUCCGGGCAGUGGGAGACUGGACGCAAGAACUUAGGCGAGUAUUUACUGAGGAUGCUGGUUCAGCAUGUGCGAUUGGUCGAGCAAAGUUUGGUCGACUUGGGAACGUGGAUCAAAGAGGUUUGCCAAAGUUGCUGGUUGAUGGACCCUAUGGUGCUCCAGCACAGGACUACAAAAAUUAUGAUGUCUUGCUUCUUGUGGGGCUUGGAAUUGGAGCUACUCCUUUUAUAAGCAUCCUCAAGGAUCUACUAAACAAUACAGGAGCAGAAAACCCCAUGGAUACAAACACUGAAAGUAGUACCUCGGAUGAGAGCCUUAAAAGUUCUACGCCCUCGACAUCAACUGAAAAGAAGAAAUUGAAGAGGGCCAAAAAUGCACAUUUCUAUUGGGUUACAAGGGAAGCAGGGUCCUUCGAAUGGUUUAAAGGGGUGAUGAAUGAGGUUGCAGAGAUGGAUCACAAAGGUCAAAUUGAGAUGCACAACUAUCUCUCAAGUGUUUAUGAAGAGAGUGAUGCGCGGUCAACUCUUAUCACCAUGGUUCAAGCUCUCAACCAUGCAAAACAUGGCGUUGACAUCUUAUCCGGCACUAAAGUAAGGACACAUUUUGCCAGACCAAAUUGGAAAGAGGUCUUCAACAAAAUAGCUUUGAAGUAUCCAUGUGCCACAGUAGGAGUAUUCUACUGUGGGAUACCACCAUUGGCAAAAGAGCUGAGGAAGCUAUCACAUGAACUCACUCACAGGACAUCCACACGCUUCGAGUUUCACAAGGAGUAUUUCUGAAGCAAGAAAAUUUGACACCAAAACACAGGUUGUAUUCUUUUGUAAUUAAUCAAAUGAGUUGCAAAAAUAUAUAAGCACCACCACAGGAGAAUAUACAUGGAUAUAUUAUACUAGUACUUUGGAUGUAGCCAGCUGUCCACAUGAUGGAGAUUUCAGAAGAAGAUUAUUAGAAAUUUAUUCCGC